CGUCGAAGCGACUCUGACUGCAGUAUCAUGCUGGCGGUGCGCCACGUGCUGUUCGGUGUUGCCCUCCUGCUGCUGUGCGGGAUUGUGCCGGCUGUUGGGGCAGCAAGUGGAAAAAUGAACAAAGCGAAAGCAACUCUUUCUGAUGUUAAGCAGUAUAUUGAUAAUAUAAAGGAAUCUGCGAAUGAGGCUCUCACGAAGGCUGAGGGUGCUGACCGUGAUGCCGCAGAUGCACUAAGUCUCGUGACGACUGCGCAAAGUGAUGCUGAUGGCCUGGAAAAGGAUGUUGAACCUGACGUUGAUCAUAAUAAGGCUGGUGGAGUCCAAGAAAAAGCUCAGAAAGCCAUGACAACAUCCGUGACGGCAAUGAAACGCCUUACGGAGGCGGCAGGAUCAUCACAAUUGGCAAAGAAUGCAGCGCAGGCAGCGUCUGGGAUGGUGCAGAUGAUCACGGAGAAAGUUGAGGAGGCAAUUCGGUUGUCGGAAGGUUCAGUCCCACCGCAAGUAAAAGCGUUAUUGGAACUCGUAAAAACGAGUCAGGCUGGAUUUGCUGACGCGGCCAGCAAUGCAGCUUCUUCUUCCAGUGACGCAACGGACGCUCAGGAGAGCGCAAAAGCUGCAGGUGAGCAGGCCAAGCAGGCAGCGCAUGAAGCUGGUGAGAUAAAGAAGGUUGGAGAUCAAAAUAAAGAUGGCGUGAAUUCAGUGAGAAAUAAAGAGAAAGUAAAGGAGUACGCUCAUGCUGCAGCGCAACACGCCACGAAGGCGCUGGAUAAAGCUAAAGCAGCAGAAAAUAAAGCGAAAACUGCAUUUAUGAACGCGAAGGAAGCGGCUAAAGCUUUCGAACAAAUACCGGAUGCUGUAAAUAACGCAGUAACGGCUGCUGAUGAAGUUGCCAAACAGAAAGCAAAAGGAGGUGCUUCAUCAUUUGCUUCUCAGGGAGGCAGUGACUUACCACUGCAGCAAGAUCGGAAAGACAUCGAGGAACGUCCCAGCGUCGCAGUGAAUCAGGAAAAAAGCGAAGGUGAUGCUCCUGAUUUUAUAAAUGAUGGACAUGCUUCAAGACAACAUCAAGGUGUAUCAAAAGAUAAGAAAGAAGUGGAAGUACCUAACAAUACUCCCGUUACAGCUGCUUCUCAAGCACCGGCAGGAAAAAAUGACAACACUCUAACACUUCCCCCUGCAGAUGCACCCAACGCAGCCGAUGCACAAGCCCCGCCAGCCGGUGAUUCAGAGGCAGUCGACGUGCCUAAUGGUCUUUCUUCAACCGAACCCACUGAAGCCACCACAACAUCUGAUGAACACACUGGGGAGACAUCCUCUCCAGCCAGCGGUACACCUGAGUCUUCUCUGCUUCCAUCGAACAGCGCUGUGAGUGCCGCGAUGGGUGAAAGUGGCGGCACAGACGGCAGCGGCAGC